UCAAACUCAAAUAGACAUUUCAAAGUUGUUAAUUUAACGUCAAAAAUUUAUAUCUAAGAAAAUAAGUCACAAACUUCUUUGAAAUACUUGAUUCAUUUUAUUUAAACCAAAUAUUUAAAAACAUAUAAAUAUUAAUAAGCACUGACAUACCUACGCGCGACCACAUGAAGUUAGUGUCUUACAUUAAGUGCGUUUAAUAACCAUGCUGAAACACCCCACAUCUCCUACUCCGAACUACCCUAGAAGUACAUCUCCUUUACCAGCUCCAGCUAACUACCAACCAACAACAGCUAGUGCUGCAGUAAAACGAUACAAAUACUUACGAAGACUCUACAAAUUUGACCAAAUGGAUUUUGAAUUUGCUGCAUGGCAAAUGGUUUAUUUAUUUGUUUCACCACAAAAAGUAUUUAGAAGUUUUAAUUAUAGAAAACACACGAAAUCGCAGUUCGCACGGGAUGAUCCAGCAUUUCUAGUACUGCUCUGUGUCUGGUUGUUUUUAUCAUCAGUAUGCUUUGCGCUGGCAAUUGGCCUGAACUGGGGCCAACUGGUGCUGUUUGUGCUAUUUGUCGUGUUUGUUGACUUUGUUGGAGCUGGUAUAUUUGUGUCUACCAUAUUUUGGUAUUUAAUCAAUAAAUAUUUAAGACGCGAUCCGGCAGCGACUGAAGUGGAGUGGGGUUACACAUUUGAUGUACAUAUCAAUGCCUUCUUCCCACCGCUCUCUCUGUUGCAUUGCUUCCAGAUCAUUCUAUUCAAUGAUCUACUUCAGGGUCAUGGGUUCGUGCCAUGUCUAGUAGCAAACACAUUUUGGCUGGCCUCGGUCAUUUAUUAUCUGUAUAUCACAUUUUUAGGUUAUAGCAAUUUACCAAUGCUGCAAAAUGCAAGAGUAUUUUUAUUACCUCUGCCCAUACUAGUUGUUGCAUAUUUCUGUACAUUAAUAGCUAAAUGGAAUCUCAGUCAAAUGUUAAUAGAUUUCUAUCAUUACAGAUUAUUUUAAUACAUCUUUAUAUUAUGGCAAAAGUCAGUUUCUAUUAUGAUGAUAACUUAAUCUUUGAUAUUUGGUACAUAGGUUAAAAAAGUCACCGAAAAAUAUGGAUAAGACGUGAAUUGGGAAUUGUUACAUUUUAGAAUAAGACUGCGUAUAAUUAAUAAAAGUAUUAAUAAGUUAGUUGUAAAAGUAUUUUUAUAAUACAAUAUAUUAAUGUGAAUAUGUUUUACACAUAUUUUGUUACUUGUAUUUAGUUGCGAUCAGUACCAGUGCUUAAAUAAUUAUUUUUUAUUCUUUUCCGUCGUAAAUUCUCAACAAUUUUUGUUUUUUUAACAACCC